AGACAGUGGCGUGCCGCCUGCCGAGUAGGAAGGGUGUGUACUCGCGCUCCUCGCGACGACUAGCGAGAAUACGAUCGAGUUUCAAAACAACGAUACCACUUCGACUUAACGUUCCCUUACAGCUUUUCGUAAAUUCAUUACAAAACAAAUGCGUCUGCUUUGUGUUAUUUUUGUACUAUCCGAAAAAUUUAAAGCUAAGAAUAUAUUUUAAUUGUAAAAGCCGGACGCGUCCGUCGUGCGUACAAUGUGUAUUCAAACGAAUUAGCGAUGGAACAGCGGAUCCCAUGAAACUGCAGCCAUGAUAUUCAAAAUGGGGGUAAAGCCUCCGGGCAAGAGCCCUCCGAAAAAAGAGACUAAAGAGAAGAAAGAAGAGGAGAAAUGUGAGGAAAGAUGCCCCGAUCCAUGGAUGUACUGUGUCGUGUUGUGGUGUGCGUGUGCCAUGAGUCUGAUAUCGAGUGGAUAUAGUCUGUACAAGCAGCAGGGGCUGCAGGACAGGUUGUCAUUGCUGGAAGAGCAGCACUUGGCAUUGAGAAGUGCGGUCUUGGAGCCGCAGCAACCCUUGGUCGAGAGGCUUAGAAGGGAAGUCCUCUCCAGGCCACCCGGUUUUUGGAGGGCGAAGAGAAGUAUUCGUGAUUAUGGUGACUGCGUCUGCCCGCCAGGUCCUCCGGGCCCUCCUGGCAAGCGCGGCAAGAAGGGCAAGAAGGGAGAUUCAGGCGAGCCGGGACCUCCGGGGUUGAUGGGAGCUCCUGGGAAGAAUGGAUUCCCGGGAAGCAAGGGCGAGAAAGGCGAACGCGGUUUUAUGGGUCCUAUUGGUCUGGACGGUCCUAAAGGAGAUCCCGGCCGACCCGGAGACAAGGGGCAGAAGGGGGAACAUGGCAACCCCGGAUUCGACGUCUUCGCUGCUGUCAAGGGCGUCAAACGGUCGGUGGACAACUUUAAGAUGCACCCGUACACCACCGCGGAGAUCAUAGCCGUCAAGGGAGAGCCUGGAGAACCAGGCCCUCCGGGAUCACCGGGCCCCCCUGGCAAUGAAGGAAUAGCUGGAGCAGAGGGGAGAGUGGGGCCUCCUGGUACGCCUGGUCCAGCUGGACUCAUAGGCUCACCCGGCCCUGUAGGGCCUAUAGGACCUAUUGGACCACCAGGACCUAUUGGACACAAGGGUGACAAAGGCGACAAGGGCGAGAGAGGUUUUACAACGACGCUGAAGGGCGACGCAUUCCCAACCGGCAUCAUCGAAGGCCCGCCUGGACCUCCCGGACCACCCGGCACGGAGGGCGCGCGCGGGGAGCGCGGCGCGGCGGGGGCGCCCGGCCCGCCCGGCGAGCGCGGCGCGCGUGGCAAGCGCGGCAAGAGGGUAACCCCGCAUCCCUCCUCGCCUGCGCCUCGAUUUCUAUUGGCUCCCUACUCGCUCUCUACUCGCUCUCUACUCGCCACUUUCUCGUUCGACUUUUCGCUUCUUCUCCUCAGUUCGAGCGGUCUCACCGCCUGUACAUCGGGAAAGGAAGGAGCAGCGGGUCCGCGGGGACCACCCGGACUAGACGGCCGACCCGGCGACCCGGGUGUACCCGGCCCACCCGGGAAACCGGGUGAGAUGGGACCGAAAGGCGAGAAAGGAGACUACGGGGACAUGGGCUCUCCAGGCAUGCUGGGCGCACCAGGCCUGCCCGGCCCGCCGGGAUACCCCGGCCUCAAGGGCGAGAAGGGUGACAAGGGGGACUCUCAGAAGUACCGGAAGCUGAGACGCAGGCAGAACUUGCAGGGAGACGGCACCGGAUAUGAGCUAUAUGGACAUGAGAUCAUGAUGGGUCCGCCGGGAGCGCCGGGGCCGACCGGACCGCCCGGCGUGGCCGGUCCGCCCGGCAUCAAGGGUGACAAGGGCGAGCCCGGCACGCGUGGGAAGACGGGAGAAAGAGGGGAGAAAGGUGACCCUGGUCCCAUGGGACUACCGGGUCCAGUAGGCCUGCCGGGAGAAGCGGGCGAGCCUGGCCGGCUAGGCGACGUCGGACCUAGGGGGCCGCCCGGUCUCGACGGCAUGAAGGGCGCGCAGGGCGAGCCGGGCAGCAAGGGCGAGCGUGGCGACCCUGGACUACCCGGAACUGACGGAAUUCCCGGUCAAGAGGGACCUAAGGGGGACAAAGGAUAUAAAGGAGAGCCAGGUCCGGCCGGGAAGCGCGGGCGCAAGGGCGACAAGGGCGACCGCGGCGAGCAAGGCGUGCCCGGCCUCGACGCGCCCUGCCCGCUCGGACCCGACGGCCUACCGCUCCCCGGCUGCGGCUGGCGACCCUCUAAGGAGGCGGCUCGCGAGGAUCGACCGGGCGGCGCACGCUCCGACGAGGAGGGCGAGGCGGAGGCGGAGGGCGAGGGCGAGGCGGACGAGGCGGGCGAGUACGACGCGCGCGAGGACGAACUCGACGCACCACGCGACUACGACGACUACACCGACAACGCACACCACGAGGCGCACCGCGACUAGCGCACCCGACGCGACGACGCCGCUCCGCACCGCGCAGGAGGCCAUGCUGGCGUGGCUGCGACGGCGCCUGGAGCUCGACGCGGUGGACAACGACCUGCGGCCCGACGCGCGGCCGCCCGCGCCCCUGCGCAUACCCUGACUGCGAAACCGCAACGUUGUAAUAAUAAAAUCGACCAACCUGAUCUAUGUCUACAGCUUAUAGCUGUUUAUACAAUAGAAUACCUACUCACAUGGAAUUUAUCACACAUAAUUAGUGUGUUUUAAAAUAUAUUAGGUAUACACCUACUUAGGUAAAUACUUAUUUUAAAAAUUAAUAGUGUCUGUUAAUACGAUAACAUUUAUUUGUAAAAGGCGUACCAAUCGGCCAUUUAAGUAUUGCAUUAAGACCAUCAAAGAGUUCUAUUUUCUAUUGAGUAUUUUUGCCGAGAACAUAAAUUAAUUUCUGAAAUCGUAUUUUCUAUUACGUCUGGGUUCAUUUUAUAUCACACCUGACACACAUUAACAUAUUAUAUAUAAAAUUAUGUAUUUUAAUAUUUAUUCUAACUUACAUUCUUUCUAAAGAAUUUACCUAGACGCGUCAUGACUCAGUAAACCAUUGCAUUAUGAGUGACACGCAACUAAUAUGUAACUCGGUACCGAUAUAACUUAUAACGAUUAUUAUCUUCUAAUUAAAUAAAUUACUUUUACGCAUUAAGGCACGGCUACCGGCUAACGCUUAUGCGGUCGUGUUACCAAUAUUUACUUUUAAUUUGUUUCCAAAAAAUGUAUCAUAUUUUUUCAUUGUAAUACAAUAUGUAGAUAUAAGUUUAUGUAUUACGCAUCAAGUAUUAGCGCGCUACACAUCGCGGAAAAGUCUAACAGGAAAACGACUUGAAGAUUACCGAUGACCUCGAGCAGUCGUCGCCGCGGCUGCAUCACCGAGUCAAUGUUACAUUUAAACGCAUACCUACGACUGCUAAGCGUUAUUAUACUUGUUGCAGCCCCGUUCACAAGCUUUUAUUCGAUAUAUCUUGUUAGUGUGUAAGCCCCAAAUCUUGCAAUUGAGUUUAAGUCGAUUUCUUACAACCGAUCCACCUAAAAUGUUGCGCACCCUUUUGCGGUGUAGACAAUAAUUACGAUUACUGAAUUUUACUUAGCGUCAUAACUCCUAUCCAGUUAAUACUAAUUAAAUAUAAAAAUAAAAAUAAUAAAAUUGUUUGAUAAAAAGAAACAAUCUCAAUUUCGCUUCUUAUAGUUUGUUUCUUGUCAUUGUUAUCGUCUAUCAUUCUGGCACACUACGACUAAGUUUUAUCCUUUAUUGUGAGUAGUUGAAGAUAAUUAUAUUUAAAGCGUCAAGUCCGACUUGUGUUCUACGACCGAGUAUGAUGUCACGCGAUGAGGCAGAGUUGUAAUAAAUUAUUGUGGACCUUCUAACGUUAUCGAUGAUUUGUUAAAAAAAUGUAAAUAAUGGUAGUCAUAAAAUGUAUGUAAUUAUAGAAUUGAAAUAAUUUAUAAAGUUGUAAGUAUAAUAAGUAAAUUAUAAGUUAAACUGUACAUACUAUUUACUUAUAAUGCUAGGCUUUUAACGGCGAACUUUAAACGGCCUUUUAAUGUUGUGUGGCGGGUGAAGAGUUAGAUCGAUUCUCCUCUCUCCUUCAUAAAUAAUUUGACACACGCAAGAAGAAAACAUUGUUGUAUAUUACUUUACAACCACUGUGCAACUUUUAUUAAGGCCGUUAAUAUGUUAUCUUAAUGUACACCUGAAGUAAUCAGUAUACGUACAAAAUAUAUGUACCAAUGUCAUCUUCGUUACCGUCUAGGUAUAUUAUUAUUUUAUAGUAAUUAAAAUUCCUCUCAAAAUAUCAUACAAAUAAUUCGAGUGAGUCCCUUUUUGCGCCGCGCUGAUGUUGGAGUUACCGUAGUACCUACAAAUAAGUAUAUUUGUGGCUCGACAUCAUCAUUAACUGAAAUAUAUAAUCUUCAUUUUAUUAUCAUUUAAAAUAUACCUAAAGUUAGAUUUUGAGUUACAUCAUGCAAAUGUCAAUGACCAAUGUAAUAAGUAGGAAUGAAAAAUAGUAAACAUUAUUGAAAUGUCUGUAAUAUCCGCUAUUAUUGGUUCAGUUCGUAUCAAUAACAACGACCAGUAGGAAUACAAAUUGUAACAAUAUCGUGACAAACGUGCUAUCGUCCUGACUACGGAACUCUGUAGAAACUAUUCUUAUAAUAUGUAUCUGAAGAGUAUUGUAAACAAUAAUAUUAAUGCAAUAAUACUUUUUAUAUUUGUAAAUAUUUUACUUUAUAAAUUUGUAUUUUAAAAAUAAAUAUAAGAUUUUCUUUUUUUAA